ACACGCUCCGAGGAGUGGUGGUUGCUCCUAGUCGCGGAGUUCUUUAUUAAUCUGGAUCCGGGCACGGGGAGGGAGCGAUCGAUCGACGGGCCUGGAGAGGCGGGGGGUUUCGCUUCUCGUUGCGUUUGGAGUCUUGCCGGGUCUCGGUUUUCGAGCAGAUCCAGGGAACACCGGUUUUCGUUUGAUUUUGCCCAAAUUUUUUGAUCUGAUCGGAGCGAUCCCGGAGCUUCUCAUGGCCAUGGGGCUGGGCCGAUUCACCCACUGGCUCUGGCCGGGUAACGCCGCGCGAGUUGGCAACCACGAGCUCCCCGGCACGGCCUUGACGGGCGCCUCCUUCCCGGAGUUCCCCUCCGGGUUCCGUGAGGCGGACGCUCUCGCCUUCUCCACUGCCGCCGCCGGCGGCCGCCGCGCGCGGCAGAGGAGGGUCAAGAACCAGCGGCGUAGUCGCGGGGAGCCCAGGAUCGACAGGGAGUACGACAUGGUCAUCGUGCCGUCCGACGGCGGCGGGUGCCUUUCCGGGUCCGAGUCCGACGACUCCGACUGGUCCAUCGGCUGGCUGGAGCCGCAGGCGCCGGAGAUGCAGACGGACGGUGAUCAGGAGACCUCCUUCGCCGUACUCGUGCCCUGCUACCGCCACGGCCGCGCCGAGCAGCCCGCGAUGCCUCAGGCACGGUUCCUUGGCGCUGGCCCUCUCGCCGAUCGCGGCCUCUCUGAUGGAAAGAAUUUUGUAGAGGAGUGGCUUUCUUCCCUCCAGAACUGAUAUCUGGAAUCUCCGUUAGCUACGCUGUAUAUAUUAUUGCUCAGUAUCAUUCUACUACGUUUCCGCCCACGACGGAAGAAUAUAUCGAUGAAGGAAGACAUCAAAACCCAAAAAAAUUGAGAAAAAUGAGAAAAGAUCAAAAAAAGAGAAGCAGCGGAAUUUUGAAGCAGCACCGAACAUGGGUUUGUCCUUCCGGAGGUUUCAAGGCUAAUUUUACUCAUUGCAAAGCAAGGCCAAUGCUGAACAAGACCAGCUGCGCUGCGCGUCGUAGAAGACACAUUCAUUCUUAUUAACCAAUCUACGACAACAUUUGUAGAUAUAAUUUGGUAUUGCAUCGUUCAUUUUGUCCCACUUGAUUCUGGACCUCGACCCUGCUACUGGCAUGUGUAUAUAUGGUGUCAUUUGCCGUGUAUAUAUAGCUGCAGAUGUGCAGCUCUUCAGUGUGCGUGUGUGUUGAUUUAGAUUGGAACAGGAUUGCUCCUUGUGAAUUCAGAUGUGUAUAAACUUUUUUGUGUUUAUAUGUGGAACAGGUUCCUCGCUUAA